AUGUCGCAAGGUUGUGGUUUAAGUCCUAGUCCGACAACAGGACUUAUGACUAAACCAGCUGCUGGCACAAAUCUUCCUGAACCUUCAGCUACCCGGGAUGAUGAGGAGCGAGUUAAUUAUGAAGGCUCCUUGAUUGGUGAUGCAGCUGACGAAGAUAGAGGUGAUGAGGAUGCUAAAAUUGGCAACGUGUCAGGUGACGGUGAAGGUGAUGACGAACAUGAUUCCAUGGAUGAUAUCACUACUUUUGAUGAUGCUCCCAAGGCUCCAUCUAAUAAAGCAUCUAGUUAUACUCCUUUUUAUCUCACCGAUAAGCCGGGUUCACCUCCUCCAGGGACUACUACUGCUCCUCCUUCUUCAGAACAACAGGUCGCGCAGGUGCCAACUCCUUUACAAGAGCAACGCUUACCAGGCUCACCUAUGGCAACUGCUUCAACUGCAGCAUUACCUGGGGCUAUUACCAUGACUUCUCCUCCGGAACAACAGCUCGUGCAGGUGUCAGCUCCUGCGCAAGAGCAGCCUCUGCCUGCCUCAGCCACUGUAGUUUCUUCGCCUACCGCAUUGCUGAAGAUCUCACUUACUCCAGCAGAGGCACGGCCAAGCACAUCUCAGGCAAGGGCAAUGAUGGCUUUGACCUCAAGCCCAUCACAAUUGAAUGUUUCCUGCACCAAUUUCAAUGGCUAG